CUCUUCGCGCUCUUCACUUUGUGGUACGCGCUCAACACGGGCUACAACAUCGGCAACAAGAUGGUCCUCAACGCCCUCCCCAUCCCCUGGACGUCGGCGACCAUCGAGCUCUUCUUCGGCCUGCCCUACGUGGGCCUGCUCUGGGCGAGCGGCCUCCGGAAGGCGCCGUCGCUCUCCGCGGCGAACGUGCGGACGCUCUGCCCGUCCGCGUUCUUCCUCGCGUGCACGCACGUCGCCGGCGUCAUCUCCUUCGGCGCCGGCGCGAUCUCCUUCACGCACAUCCUCAAGGCGACGGAGCCCGUCUGGUCCGCGCUCAUCUCCGCGGUCGUCUUCCGCGAGGUGCUCCCGCUGCCGGUGCUCGCGACGCUCGUGCCCAUCAUCGGCGGCGUCGGCCUCGCGUCGCUCAAGGAGCUGUCCUUCACGACCGUGGGCUUCGUCGCCGGCACGCUGUCCGCGGUGACGUCCGCGUCCAAGGCCAUCUUCUCGAAGAAGGUCCUCGACGGCAAGCCCCUCGGCAAGAACCUCACGCCGGCGAACAUGUUCGCCGUGCUGACGAUCCUCGGCUUCCUCAUGAUCCUGCCCGCGUCCCUCGCCGUCGAGGGCCCGGGGACCGUCGCGGCGGCCUGGGCCGCCGCGCGCGCGGACGGCCACUCGGCGCUCGAGCUCUGGGGCCUCCUCGGCGCGAGCGGCUUCCUCUACUACCUCUACAACGAGGUCGCCUUCCUCGCGCUCUCCGAGGUCGGCCCGCUCACGCACGCCGUGACGAACACGGUGAAGCGCGUCGUCAUCAUCCUCGCGUCCGUCGUCGUCUUCCAGACGCCCAUCACGCCGCUCGGCUGCCUCGGGUCCGGCGUCGCCAUCGCCGGCGCGCUCCUCUACUCCCUCGCCAAG